AUGUCUAUCCAUAAUCAUCGAAUGCGAAUUCCGGUCUUACACAAUGGCCGCAUGAACUCCACCUCAGCGGCAGUAGAAUCUGAAAACGACACCGCCAGAGCUCAAAGAAAUUACCACAUUGUACAAGAUGUGGGCAAUUUCGAAGAAAAGGAGGCAACGCGACCGGAUUUCGAUCAUUCAAAGCCCAUUGAAGUGACGAAGUCACCUUAUCCACAGUGGAAAUAUGGGGAGGGUGUCCCUGAUAAUGGGGCAAGUCUAGCCCAAAAGCAUCAUGAAAUCGAUCCAUACGCUCCAGACCGACAUAUGAUCAACAAUUAUCGUCUAUUAGUGUCUGGAAUUGCACCACGCCCUAUAGGAUUUAUCAGUACUGUCAACUCUAAAGGAGAAAAGAACCUUUCUCCUUUCAGCUACUUCCAAGUCCUCGAUCACGACCCUCCAAUGUUUAUUGUCGGGUUCUCCUCGCGUCCUGGGCGCGUAAAGGAUACUUAUCGCAAUCUGAAAGAAACCGGCGAAUGCGUCAUCAACACUGUAUCUGAGAAUAUGAUCGAGGCUGUUAAUGCGAGCUCGAUAGACGCACCUUAUGGGGUGUCAGAAUGGGAUGUCUCAGGCCUCCAUGAAGAAGCUUGUACUACAGUCAAGCCCUCCCGUGUUGCGGAAUCUGUUUUCAGCAUCGAGGGGAAAGUGGUCGAUAUCAAAGAAUUUACCGAUCAUCAACAGCCUGGAAUGAGUAUCGCGGCUAAUGUUCUCAUCAAAGCGACUCGAUUUUGGGUCAAAGAGGGGACUGCAGAUGCAGACUACAGCCAUAUAGAACUAGAAAAACUCCGACCGGUUGCGCAACUUGGUGGUGUUUCUUACGGACGUGUUGUGUCGACCUUUGAGAGACCGCGAAACAAAUGGGAUGUUGAGGUUUCCAAGAGUGAACUGCUGCAAAAGCUAGAUGCUUCAAAGCCCGAUGUAAAUUAG